UCGCACACAAGCAGCGCGGUAGCCGUGCAGCGCAGCUCCGUAUCCGCUGCAUCAAGUAGACACACACAUACACACACACGGCUUAUUCCAGCAGGUUUGCUCACGGUGCAGUUGGUUUUGGUGCGUGGUGGCGGUACGUUUCAUGCGCUAAUUAAAGGCGUUAUUUAUUGUGUAGUUUAUGCUGCAAAUUAGUCCCGUUAUUCGGCAGUCUCUUGCCAUUCGGUUUGUGUGUGUGCGUGUGCGUGUGUGUGCGUGUGCGUGUGUGUGCUGGGUGUGGGCGCGGGCUCUACAUACGUAUAAAUCCGUCGCCGCAGAACGGUGUGGUGUGUAUGCGCAGCAAGCUUAGAAAUGCCAAAUAUGGAAACGCCAUGUUUGGCACUGGGCUGGUGUGAGCAUCGCAUGCGCCUAGCCGCAGCAUAAUAAUCGUUCCAGGCCAACCAGGCACAACGUUGCCUUCGGAGAAGUGCGGAGAAGGAGUGGAAAAAUUCGCACCAUUGAGCCGUCGUAUUGAGUGUAUGUAUGCGUGUGUAAAGGGCAGCUGGGAAACUGAACACAUCGUGGCAGCAGUACAGACGGCCACUUCCAUUAGUAUUAACCCUGGGCAGCGUUUUUUGGCACCACCAUUUGCCCAGUCCAGCCCCGGCAGCUUGUAGGCAGCAUGUUGCGAGAGUCGCAUCUAGGAUAAGCGUAGAGUUAAGCAUACAGAAAGCGGUUGCGGAAAAGUCACCUGAAGCCACUGAGCCGCCCAGAGGGCAAAAAAAAACAAACGCGUACAAACGAACAAAACAAUGUCAACCCCGGUGCACCGCGUGGUCGUGUGGGAGCAUGAGCUGCCCGAUCGGACCGCCUGGCUGCCGUACAGCCCGUCCGUGACGCAGCUGCUCGAGCGUGCGUACACGAAAAAUCUGACGCGCGUCCUGCUGAAGGAUGCUGAUCCCGCCCUCGCCCUGUACGAGGUGGAUCUGGUGCAGAUGGUGCAGACGCAGCACGGCACGGCGAGCGGGCGCAACACGAGCGUCCGGCGCUGUCUCUACCCGCCGAACUCGCCCGCCGCGAUGGGCAUCAAGUGGGAGUGGUACGGGGCGAACCCGAAGAUCGCCUGGCACCGGUACCCGCUCGACGUCCAGUCGCUGAUCGAGCAGGCGUGGGCCAAGGGCGAAACGCUGCUCGACCUCAACCAGACCGCCCUGAAGCGCCCGUACCUAAUCGAUCUCGGCUGCAUGAGCCAGACGCAGCUGGGCGGCCGGCGUAACCAGCCGGUCGUUUGCCCGAUUCGGCGCAAAAAUCAGGCCCCGUACCCGCUGCUGAAGGUGGCACUGCCGCCGGAAGUGGUGCCGCCGGGCGGCGGGCAGGGCCAGGGCAGCAGCCAGGGAACUGCUAGGAACGGGGGCGCUGCCCAGCAGGGUGGCACGACCGGGGCGGCACCGCCGAGCGGAACGGCGACAAAUCCGGGCAAACUGACGCAAAUACUGCACAACAUUUUUGGCAACAAAUCGCACGCCCAAACCAAUGACCAAUGCCAUCAGCAGCAGCAGCAACAGCAACAGCAGCAACAGCAACAGCAGCAACAGCAGCAUCAACAGCAGCAACAACAACAUCAGCACCAGCAACAACAACAGCAACCGCACGGGUUAAAGACAAAUACGGGCCCCGCUUGCGUAAACCAGCUGUCCCAGCCAAUGCACGGACCGAAGCUGCACUCCUCGCAGCACGCAGCCACGCAGCGCAACCGGUACGCGUUCGCGUCCAGCCGCUCCUUUCAGCAGUGCAUUGCGGCCGACCUGCCCGAUACGGCGCGGAUGCAGCAGGCGGACCACACGAAGCACGCCGCCCACCAUCACCGUCAGCAGUUCUCGCACGGCGGGGGCGGCAGCGAUGCGGCCAGCAGCCACAAGGCGCGCCGCCCGAGCGUGGACACCGUCUCCACCUACCUGAGCCACGAGAGCCAAACGAGCAGCAGCCGGCACCAUCUGGACUCGUGGGAGUUCGACAUGCUCAACAGCUCGAUCGGCAGCGACGAGGUGUUUAUGCCGAGCACGAGCAGCACGUUCGGGGCCGGCGAGGCGGGCGGUCAGUCGCUCCGGCGGCACGCGAUCGCAACGCCGCCGGACGAGGGCGGUCCGCCGCCCGACCAGCACGGCGAUCUGCUGCUGCAGCACGGUACGCCCGAGGCCCGGUGCCGUCCGGCAACGCCGGAACCGGUCUUCCCCGCGCUGCUCUCGCUCAUGGAUGCUACUGGCAGCGGGCUGCACGUGGUCGGCGUGACGCGCGAAUCGAAGGCGAUCGCGAAGUACGUGCAGGUGGCCGAUCCGCCCCGCUGGCCCCGGGCCCAACCGUGCCCGAUGUGCAUGGAGGAGCUGCGGCCCGGCGGCCAGAAGGUGAACGUGGCGCUCGCCCGGUGCAAGCACCAGAUGCAUCUCGACUGUCUCAACCUGCUGCUGGUGAAGCAGCGUCGGACAGCAGCCUCCCAAAAGAACUAUUACAUCGAGUGCCCGACCUGCAUGUCGGUGUACGGCGUGAAGAUCGGCAACCAGCCGCCCGGCACGAUGACCUACCAGCUGCUUUCCGGCGGGCUGCCCGGCUACCCACCCACCGGCAUCUACGAAAUCACGUACAAUAUCACCUCCGGCAUACAGGGACCGCACCAUCCCAACCCGGGCGCCGCCUUCUUUGCGGUCGGCUUUCCGCGCCGCUGCUACCUGCCGAACACGCUGCUCGGCACCAAGAUCCUGUACUAUCUGGACGUCGCGUUCCGGCGCGGCCUGCUCUUCACGAUCGGUCGCUCGGUGACGACCGGCGUCGAGGACGUGGUGAUGUGGACGAGCGUCGAGCACAAGUCGCAGAUAUCGAUGUAUCCGGAUCCGCUGUACCUGGACCGGUGCCUGCAGCAGCUGGUGCACCUUGGCGUGACCGACUGAGCACAGGCUCAGUGCUUUCGUUUCGUUUUUGUUUUAACUAAGUUUUGCGAUCUGUGUCGACACAAAGUGACGCAAAGAGUGCUUGGCCAUUUAUCGCAUUUCGAUUGCCCUUACUCGUGUGUGUGUGUGUUGGUUAGGUGGUAAUCAGUGCAAUCAGCAUUUAAGUUAGCCAUCUGUUUUUUUGUUUCUCUCUGUUUGCGCGUUCCCGUAGAAGAAAGACUGCGUUUAAUUGCAGCAAUGUGGCGUGGAACCGAUCGCAAACAAAUGAACGAAAAGACAGGCAAUCCGAUUCGUUAAAUGACUGUUUGUACAAAUUGUAUUGUGUAUAUUUCAUGUCGUGCUGAUUAGCUGAAUCCACACAUAGUUAGGAACUGUGAAUUGUUUUAAUUCAAUCCCCUAGAGUGCAUAGUAAUGUUAUUAGCUUUUUUGUUUGUUAAAUUCAAAAAAAGCAUUUUAAAGACAAGAUUGUUCCAUGUCACAAUGUAUGCACUCCAUUUUACAUAUAACUAGACGAUAAAUCUGGAUCCCGGAUAGAUCUGGAGCAUACAGAACAAUGGCAGAUAGUAGUUGCGACACAGAUGUAACUGCAAACCAGUAUUCUAUAGUGAAUGGAUGUGAUAACAGAGCAAUUCCACCUGAUCGGUUCGAUCAGUGUUGGAGGGGGGAUUUUAGAUAAAGCGUUCCAGCAGAGCGUGCUUUAGCGAAUCUUGAAAUGCCAUCUAGUAGUAGAGUGUACGUAGAGCUAAGAUAACUAAUUCCCGCGUGCUUCCAAAUGCCGCGUUUGUGGACCGGCCUUCCCGCAGCAAAGUGUUUGCGACAAUCAACAUGCAAUGUGCGUCUUCCUAGCCAAUGUAUCGAAUUCAACAUCCGCGUUUAAUUUAUGUUCCUUUUUUCUUUACUUAUAAAUUAUACACUGCACCCAGCGUAGAAGCCACGAUACUCAGCUGUAAUCUCACCAUGACACCAUGUGCGAAAGUGGAUCGAAUGUAGGGAGAAUUAGUACACAUAGGGAGAUCUCCACUCCAUAACGGGGUGCCUUUCGCACCGGCUAGCAAAAGGGAACCUCUCUAAAUGGCCGACAGUCUCGCAUAGCGAGCGCUGUGCGUCCUGCAUCAGCUUUAUGUUGCUGCUCCGAUGUGUUGUUUCCUAAUUAAACUAAAAAAGGCAUAACUUUUACAAUGCCCAAAAGCUGUACGAACGUUCGAAGCGAGCUCUAAAGCACAGAUUGAGCACAGUUGUUUUCUAGCAUGGGCUGGGCUCAGUAUGUGAGGAACCGCUUUUAUGUGUUGACAGCGUUUGAGCUGUUUGGUGUUCAGAGAGGAGAGUUUAUCGAGCGAUCGUGUAAUUCGAUUAUGAAAUGCGCAGCUGAAGACAUUAAUUCAUUCUUAGGCAGUUAUAUUUUUGUAUAUUCGAGUAUCAUCGAAGAGCUAAGAAUCAGUAGAUAAAGCUAAAUAAUAAAAAAAUAACAGUAAAAUUAAAGCGUUUUUUGCUUUUUAAACCAAUUGGCGUAGGCGUAUUGACCAAAUACGUGCGUAGAAUGAAAAUAGUCUGUUAAAUGCUAGUAUUUAUUGGAGAGCCAAUAUCGAUUUGGCUACUACUUGGUUGGCUUAGUGAUACGUUUUAGAAUUGCCCGCCCCUGUGCCAAUGUGGGUGGAGAAAACACACAGCCUUGGCUCAACACGGACUCUCUAAGGGACAAUACUGUCCAACAGGCAUUCAAAGCCGCUUUGGACGAGUAUCUGCUACCAGAAAACAGAUAUGAAACUACGAGCGAGAGGUAGAACGCUCUAAAAACAAGAAUAAUAAACUGUGCAAGAAAUACACUCUCAUCACGUCGUGGCAAUACCAAAUCUGGCUGGUUCGACGAAGAAUGCAGACAAAUGACUGAACGUAAUAAUAAUGCAUACCGAGCAAUGCAGCUACGGCACAGAACGCGGGCAUGCGCAGAGGAAUACACACGGCUCAGACGGGAAGAGCUCCGCUCCAAGAAACACGCAUGGGAAGAGCAAGAGGAGGAACUCGAGCAAACCAAGAGGCGUACACGAAUGUUUAACCAAGCGAUAGCAGGUCACCAAAACAACGUUGUACCUAAGGUAACCUA